CCACUGCCCACAGCGGUGACGAACAGCUGGGAUUCAUUGACCUAUGAUGAUGUGCAUGUGAACUUCACUCGGGAAGAGUGGGCUUUGCUGGAUCCUUCCCAGAAGAAUCUCUACAAAGAUGUGAUGCUGGAGACCUACAUGAACCUCACUGCUGUAGGCUAUAAUUGGAAAGACCACAAUAUUGGAGAACAAUGCCAAAGUUCUAGAAGACAAGAAAGGUAUGAAAAAAGCCAUACUGGAGAGAAACGCUCUGAAUAUACUCAAUGGCUUAAAGCAUUUGCACAUCCCAGUCGUCUUCAAAGGCAUGAAAGAAUUCAUAUUGUACAGAAACCUUACAAAUGUAGUCAGUGUGAUAAAGCCUUUUCACAACAGUAUAGUCUCCAAAUACAUGAAGAAAUUCAUACCAGAGAGAAACCCUAUGAAUGUAACGAAUGUGGAAAAGCCUUUACACACCGCACUUGUCUCCAAAGACAUAAAAGAACUCAUACUGGAGAGAAACCCUAUGAAUGCACACAAUGUGGUAAAGCCUUCUCAUGUCCCAGUUACCUCCAAAAACAUAAAAGGACACAUACUGGAGAGAAACGUUAUGAAUGUACUGAAUGUGGAAAAGCCUUUGCACGUCUUUAUAAUCUCCACAUUCAUAAAAGAACACACACUGGAGAAAAACCCUGUGAAUGCAAGCAAUGUGGUAAAGCCUUUGCAUAUCACAGUUAUCUCCAAAUACAUAAAAGGACACAUACUGCAGAGAAACCCUAUGAAUAUCCUGAAUGUGGAAAAGCCUUUGCACGUCUUUAUAAUCUCCACAUUCAUAAAAGAGCACACACUGGAGAAAAACCCUAUGAAUGCAAGCAAUGUGGUAAAGUCUUUGCAUAUCACAGUAAUCUCCAAAUACAUAAAAGAACACAUACUGCAGAGAAACCCUAUGGAUGUGAUCCAUAUGGUAAAGCCUUUUCAUGUCAUAGUAAACUCCUAUAACAUAAAAGAAAACAAUGAAUAAAUGUAAGCUAUAGAAUUAAGCCUGUGCAUGUAGCAGUAGUCUUCAAAAAUCAUGAGAAAAAGCCAUACUGCAGAGAAAACCUAUAAGUGUAGUCAAUGUGGUAAAAUUUUACACUUCGUGCUAUCUUUAUACAAGAGUAAAACCUUUAGUGUGUGAUGAGUCUGUUAAAAUCUUUGCAUAUCAGAGUAGUCUUUGAGGCCCUGAAAGGGCUGAUAC